AUGGAUGUACUUGUACUAUACCUAUUUGUUUUGUACAUAGAUCAAGCUGUGCAAGUAACUAGCAUCAAAAAGACAGGAAUUGAUGUCUAUUACGAUGAUGUUUUUGACAGGUUCAGGAUCGAAUGUUGCAAAGGUGAUCAUACUCUCGCAACAUUGGAGGAUAUUCUAAAGGAUAAUAGUUGGACAGACUAUGCCAAAACCAUUUGCAAUAUCAUGGAAAGAUGGGAGCAAAAUGGUAAUCCUCUAAAACCUCUCGUUGUCUUUGCUUCUGAAAAUGUUUCAAAAAACAUUUGUAAUCAUCUAAACAAGGAUGGAAAUGAAGAAAUUAAGUGGAUCCCUACCCGUGUCUUUACGCAAGAAUUUGAAAAAUACAGCUCAAAAGAAGAUAUUUUGGACAAGUAUCACAUAUCUGCGCUCUGUAAAAUAGGUGGUAUCAAGAUGAAGAUGAUAGUAAACGACUUUGAAAAUGUCUAUAGUAGCACGAGAUUAAACUUUAAGGACUGUAUUGAGGGAGAAUGGAAUGAGUGGGAACCAUGUGAUGAAACUUGUAGAGAGGGUGAUAAGCGUAAUUACAGAAAACGAACACGCAAUAUUUUGUAUCCUGGAAGCGAGGGUGGACAUGAAUGUAUAACGGUAGAACAUGAAGAUUGCACGGACCAACUUCCCUUAUGUUCUGAACAGUGUCUACUAACGGAAUGGGUGCCAUGGUCAACUUGUAAGGAUGGAAAACGUAUUAGAAAGAGGUAUAUAAGAGUCUAUAAUAAGUCCUGUGACAGUGUUGAUAUGGAGGAAACGGAAGAUUGUGUUGAAGAUGUCACUCGCUCCAAUGUCAAAAAUGACAUAGAUGAUGACUCUGCUGAACACGUUAGAAUACAUGGCAUGGUAAAUGACGGAUCUGGAGAAUAUUUAAGAGAUGAUUCUGAACCUCUGGAUGAGCCCAUGGUGAUUCCAAGAUAUCCCUCAAAGGAUAACAAGGACUUUUGUAGCGUUGAAUUUAAGAGAUUAAGAAUGAUGUGCAAGGAUAACGAUUAUGUCAGUUGUUUUGCAAGACUAAAGACUGAGUCAGAAUAUGCAAUCCCAUUCUUUACAAAAUGCCGGCUUGAACAUUCUAUGGAAGACAAAGUCAGAAAAUUAAUUCCCCUGUAUAAAAACAAGUGUUUUAUAACUAGAGCACUUUAUUCAAACGACUCAUGGAUUGACAAGCGACACAAAAGCUGCAAAUGUUCUCUGCCUUAUACUGAACCCUGCAGUAUUGAUGACAUUCAUGCGCUGAUGAUAAGUAACAGUAAUGACAAGGAGAAUGUAAAAUCAGACAAAAGAACAUUACACAGUAUUAUGGAUCCAGGGUUCUGUCCUGCCUUAAGUUACAAAGGUUUGAAUUUGCAUUAUCUAGGGAAAGGUUUUUCUGGUGAAGAAGCGUCUCUGAUUUAUACGACAAUAGCUGGGAACAAGAGGCUCCAUUGCCCCUUGAAUAAAAACUUUAAAGUUACAGACAUAAGUGACUCUGACAUUUCCUUCUUCUGUAAGAAUGGAUCUGUGUGGACCAAUCAACACAAGUACCAUUCAAAAGAGCUCGAUCAGAUCCCUAAACUAAAGUACGAUUGCAAUGAUGUUGUAAGUAAAGACAAAAGAUUCAAGAGGGAGUUUUGUCUUGAAGUAUGUGCCAAGGUUGAAGCGGAAUGUUCCAAACAUACAGCAGCCCUGAACUUGUGCAUAUACAACCGUAUGAGUAGUGACAAGUUCGAGGGAGGUGAAUUCAAGCGCUACAAAUGUUCAUUUCCUCAAGGUGAAGAACAAUCCGACUACUGUGAUGGUGUUUACUUUGCAAGUAUCGACAACAAGGAUGAAUGUCUACUCCUCUGUAAAACCGCCAUGGAAAUAUGCGAAUAUGAUGGAAUAAUCUCUCAAGAUAAUACCAAACAAAAGUGUAUGGCUGCAGUAUUUGAUUGGGAAUAUGGUAAGAGAUUCCCAAAUUAUAUUCCAGAUAUAAAUCAUGGUGAUAACAAUGAACUGGAAGAGUUUAGAGGGAAAUGCAACUUUUCAAGGGAAUCGUACAUUGGGAAGGGUUUUGUGUUGUGCAAAUUCAAGUCUGGUGACUGCAAAUAUACUGAGUGGAGUGAAUGGUCUCCCUGCACAAACCACUGCAUGUAUCCCGACCAAAUACCAACAAAGUCAAGAACCAGGGAAAUUAUCUACAGUAGGGACGAAUUUGGCGUGGAAGAGAGAAACUGCCAAGAGGAUGAAUCUGGGACUAUAGAAACCGUGCUCUGUACAGAUUUGCCGUUUUGUGAGGGGAGUUUGGCGGGAGACAAGGUGCUGGUGAUACCCGAAUUCAGAGUCCCUCAGGAGGAUGACAGCUUGCCGGAAUGGAUAACAACUGCAUAUAAACAGUACCCAGAGUUAAGGGAACCACAUAGGAGUAAUAUAGACUGCAAGAUUGUAAGAACCGUGCGAAUAGCCUCACUAGAGCAUGUAAAGUGUGGAUGUCCUAAAAACUACAGAGCCUGCACAUUCUCAAUGGCUACGGGUAAUCCGCACUUUAUCAAAAACCUGGAGGAUGUUUGUAGCGAAAACGCAUUGGCUCAGGUAGUAUUUGAAAAGGUAGGAAGAUACAUUUACUAUUGCAAUAUUGGGAUGGUUAUAUUUCAGCCGGAAGAUCGGCUACUCUGUGACUCUCCAGACAGUAACGAGUAUAUUUGCUGCUACUCUUACCGUAAACCACCAUUUACACUCGGUCCUAUCCACUUUUUACUCCUCGGAAUAGCUUCUGCCACGGUCAUCCUUAUCUAUCUCCUAUACAAACGAAGCCUCGGGGUCAAUCUCAAGAUGGAGUAA